GCUGUUGACCAGAGUGUUGAUAACUGGGAGUGGGUUGUAGCAGCACCUCCUAUGUACCCUCGACAUAAUCAGAGAGGACACGACAUAAAAGAACAUACACUCGGAAUCUGUAGACUAUCUGAUGAAAAGGGGGAAACCGUGCGGUCUGUUGGAUUUCACUAUUUCAAAUUGGGAGACUGACUCUGAAACGGAUUUCAUUUUGUAGAAUAAAUUACACUGAUUUUUUAACAUAACCGGGAUUACAUUCGGAUGGAACAAUGGAGGAACUGUCGCUGUUGUUUUUCUCUCUUCUUUCUAUCGGCUGCGUAUUUGGGCAAAUCAGCUACACAAUACCAGAGGAAAUGGCCAAAGGAUCUCUAGUGGGUAAUAUAGCACAAGAUUUGGGUUUACAAACCAAACGUUUGGCAUCUGGUAAAGCUCGGAUUUAUACCCGUGAAACUGGUGAGUACAUCGAGCUAAACAGAGACAGAGGAGUCCUCCUCGUCAAAGAAAGGAUCGACAGAGAGGCGCUCUGCAGACAGACGACGCCAUGCGCUUUACAUUUUCAGAUUAUUUUAGAGAAUCCUAUGGAAUUUUACACAGUAACUGUGCAGAUUAUUGAUAUUAACGAUAAUGCUCCGACCUUCAAAAGAAGUGAAAUGAAUUUCAAAAUUAGCGAGUCAGCUAUCACGGGGUCAAAAUUUUUGUUGGAAAGCGCUGUAGAUCUUGAUGUAGGAAUCAACGAUCUGAAAAGCUACGAAUUAAAACCAACAUAUAAUUUUGCUCUAAAGGUGCCCAAUAACGCUGAUGGAAACCCAAACGUAGAGAUGGUGCUCCAGAAACCUUUAGACAGAGAGAAGCAGGAGCAGAUAUCUCUCGUGUUAACAGCGGUAGAUGGAGGAGAGCCGCAGAUGUCAGGAACAAUGCUGAUUGUUAUUACAGUUUUAGACAAUAAUGACAAUGCACCUGUGUUUACACAGUCUACAUACAAGGCUACAGUUACUGAGAAUUCACCUAAAGGAACAGUUGUGGCCACUGUUACUGCCACAGAUGCAGAUCAAGGCUCUAAUGCUAAAAUAACAUAUUCAAUUGCAAAUACGUUAAAUAAUGACAUGAUCGUGUUUGAAGUAAAUGAGGAAAACGGGAAAGUCUCUUUAAUCGGAAACGUUGACUUUGAGGAGUCCAGAACUUAUCAAAUCAACUUCCUUGCCAGUGAUGACGGGGGACUUACAGAUUCUUCUAAAUUAAUUGUGGAAGUACAAGAUAUAAAUGACAACAAACCUGAAAUUAACAUAAUGUCAAAGUCAAAUGUAAUUUCGGAGGAUGCCAGACUUAAUACAGUCGUUACAAUGAUUAAUAUCGAGGACAGGGAUUCUGGAGAAAAUGGCAAAGUUCAAUGUUUUAUUAGCGACAAUGUACCAUUUAUUUUGCAAACACCAACAAAUAAUUUCUAUAGUUUAGUAACAGACAGUGAAUUAGACAGAGAGAGAGCCUCUUAUUAUAAUAUAACAGUGACGUGCUCUGAUGAGGGAGUGCCCUCCCUCUCCAGCAGCGUCACUCUCACCUUACAGAUCUCUGAUGUGAAUGACAACGCGCCUGUCUUUGAGAGGAGCUCAUAUGAGGCCUACAUUGUAGAAAACAACACACCAGGUCUCUCUAUAUUCACAGUGAAAGCCAGAGACGCUGACUGGAACCAGAAUGCCCGUGUUUCUUACAUACUGGAGGACUCCUCUGUUAACGGAGUGCCAGUCUCCUCAUAUGUGUCCGUUAGUGCUGAUAGUGGAGUCAUACAUGCAGUGCGCUCUUUUGACUACGAGCAGAUCAAAGAUUUCCACUUCCGCGUCAAAGCUCAGGAUGGAGGUUCUCCUCCACUCAGUAGUAAUGUGACUGUGAAAAUACUGAUCCAGGACCAGAACGACAACCCUCCCCAGGUUCUGUACCCAGUCCAGACUGGUGGCUCUGUGGUGGGUGAGAUGGUGCCUCGUUCAGCAGAUGUGGGCUAUCUGGUCUCUAAAGUAGUGGCUGUUGAUGUGGACUCUGGACAGAAUGCCUGGCUCUCCUAUAAACUCCAGAAAUCCACAGACAGGGCGCUGUUUGAAGUGGGCUUACAGAAUGGAGAAAUAAGAACUAUCCGCCAAGUGACUGAUAAAGAUCCUGUCAAUCAAAAACUGUCUGUCAUAGUGGAGGACAACGGACAGCCCUCUCGUUCAGCUACAGUCAUUGUUAACGUGGCGGUGGCGGACAGCUUUUCUGAAGUGAUGUCGGAGUUCACUGACUUUUCACAGGACAAGGAGUACAAUGACAACCUGACUUUUUACUUAGUGUUGGCUCUGGCUGUAGUUUCCUUCCUCUUCAUCACGUGUUUAGUGGUUAUUAUCUCAGUGAAAAUCUACAGAUGGAGACAGUCUCGCGUCCUGUAUCACUCCAAUCUCCCUGUGAUUCCAUAUUAUCCACCACGUUACUCAGACACUUUGGGGGGGACAGGGACUUUACAACACGUGUACAAUUACGAGGUGUGCAGGACGACUGACUCCAGAAAGAGUGACUGUAAGUUCGGCAGAGCUGGAAGUCAGAACGUGCUGAUAAUGGACCCCAGUUCUACAGGGACGAUGCAGAGGAUACAGAGUGAAAAGAGCAUCCUGGAUGAACCAGACUCUCCUCUAGAGGUUGGUUGAACAUUUUUUUUCCCACAUAAUUACAUGCAUCAUUCACUGUAGAUAGCUGCUGGGUGUCCUUCCUCAAAUUCCAGCACCUUGGACAGCAACCCAAGAACCACAUUCCAAUCAAGAGAUUUAGUAAUUGUUUGAGGUCCACCAUACUUUAUUAUGUCAAUGACCCCUGAUAUCUGUUUUUAUAUGAACAGCAUCCUGGAUGAACCAGAGUCUCCUCUAAAUGUCAGAGUGAUCAAACACUUUGUGAAACACCUGUUUUUCAUGUAAAACGCAACGAAAAUGGAUAUCA